GGAUAGAAUCACGCUCUCUCAAAACCCUUCGCCCAGGUUGGCCCUCUCUCUAUGCAUUGUUACGACAAAGGGGGGUUCUUGCUUGUCGUUUACACUGACGUCAUUCACUGGAACGUCCACGCCCGGUCUGGCGGAAAGGAUUCUGCGGUGACUUUUGAGGUUGGACGAUGUUGAACCCAUGAAGUGCCUUCAGUGAGGGGGAGGCUUCCGUCACAUGUAUAGUCAUGUGGCCCUCUGCAGGCUUCGCUGUGAUAUUUACUACGCUGGGCUUGUCGUUGGAAUUGACAGUCAAAAUGUGCGCGGGAGCUCCAACUUUGCCGCCACAGCCCUCCUCGGAAAACGGGAAGGAUUCCAGUGCUCCGAAGAAAAUCAAGGAGUUCCUCGAUCAAUUCGGAUACACGAAGGAGGAGCUAACGGCCAGAUCCUCGGUAGCGUAUCUCGAGUCGUCGGAGGAUCCCCUGGCCUCUGCGAUACGUCGACUCCAAAGCUUCGCCGGCAUCCCUGUGACGGGCGAAGUCGACAAUGAAACUCUCGAUCUGAUGCGGAAGCCCCGAUGCGGAGUCAAAGACAUAGAUUGGUCUCGGGAAGGCGUAAGGAAAAAACGCUACCUCAUUCACGGUGAUCCGUGGCCGAGAACGAAUUUGACAUAUAGCAUUUCGGAUUGGCCCACGAAUCUCGAUGCGAACUUUAUCAGAUCCAAACUUGGACGGGCUAUCAGGGUGUGGUCGAAACAUUCGAAGCUCGUGUUCACUGAGACCAGAGACCCCAACGCGGACAUUGUCAUCAAAUUCCUGCGGGGCCGACAUGGAGAUGCAUAUCCUUUCGACGGGCCAGGGAUGGUUUUAGCGCAUGCGUACUUCCCUGGGACAGAGAUCGGGGGCGACGUUCACUUCGACGCUGACGAGAACUGGGGCAGCAAGAUGGCUACUACCGGAGUGGAACUGUUCGUGGCCGCUGCGCAUGAAUUCGGUCAUUCCUUGGGACUCGCUCACGUGCAAGAGCCUUCUUCGCUCAUGUAUCCUUGGUACCAACAGUUCACUGAGGAUACGUUCCAGCUUCCGGAGGACGAUGUCCGGGGGAUCCAGCGACUCUACGGCCGUCCCGAUCGACCGGACUAUAAACCUCGAUUCUUCGUUACGACCCGACGGCCGUUCUUUACAACAUCAACAUCCAGACGCCCGGACGUGUUUCUCAGCCCCCAGGAACAACCUCCUGACCCUUGUCAGAUGGAUUCAAUUGAUUCCAUAUCGAUGAUCCGCGGCGAAACUUUUAUCUUCAAAGGCAAGUAUUUCUUCCGCCUCGAUAACGAGCUCCAAAUAAUGGGGUCGCAUGCCUUCGAAAUCAGCCGAUUGUUCGGUGGAUUCCCAACGGUCUCCAACAACGGAGCCGAGGUCAGAGUGGACGCCGUCUAUGAGAGCCGGCGCGGCGAGAUCAAUUUCUUCAUUGGAAGGGAAAUCUAUGUUUACAACGGACAAAACCUCAUGCCCGGAUAUCCGAAGCCAUUGUCAUCGAUUGGCAUACCCGACAGUGUGAUGCAGAUCGAUGCUGCUUUCAUCUGGGGCUAUAAUCAGAAGAUCUACCUCUUUCACAACGACCAAUACUGGAGAUACAAUGAACAAGAACGAAUGGUGGAAGCGGACUAUCCGAGGCACAUACAGAUGUGGGGUGGCGUACCCCCGAGGAUCGACGCCGCUUUCACUUGGACCGAUCAAUCAACUUAUUUCUUCAAGAGUCGGAGCUUCUGGCGUUUCCACAAUCGACGGCUGACAGUCUUUAAUGAUUCGGGAUCAAUCGCCCAGUUUUGGUUCGGGUGUCAAAAUUCUUCACCAAGUAGCACCUUCAUCUCGCCACUGCACACGUUCUCGGCAUUGCUACUGAUCGUAUUUUACAACCAAUUCUUGUUCGAAUCUCGACUGUUCAGAUCGACGUCAGAAGCGUUAUGAUGGAAUGAUCCCAUUGGGCACAUUGAAGCUCCUUUUCAGUGAGAUCAAGAGUACUUAAAUCAGUUCAAUGUUCGAGGAUCCUCAUCGAAUGUAUCUCUAUAUCGAGUUCGAUUCGGAUCUUCAGAGAAGACCGCUGGCGAGGUUCUCAUCGAAGUUAUACCGUUUCUCGGAACGGUUUGUCCGCAUUCCAACGUCCAGUCUCCGAACUCCAUCCUCUUAUCUCUGGGAGGAGCGUCUGGAUUGCGAUGAAAACCUCCGGAACUGAGAUUUACGAAUCUCAAGUCAGAAACAGCUGGAUCCCCAGAUCACUCAUCGG